AAUGCGCCUUGUUUCUACAAUGACGUUGCCUAGUCUAUGGUCGCCUGUUUUGUUUGGCACUCCCUAGUUUUGUUUCUUCGAGCCGGCGAUUAAAGGUCUACCCCGGGGAAGCCAUGGCCGAAGAGGCCUCGGGAGCGGCCCGGCCGCCUGAGCACGACGGGCUUCUCCAGCAGCGUAUCGAGGCUCUGGAGAAAGAGAAGGCGGAGUUCCUGAAGCUCAAACAGCAGCUGGAGAUGGAGUUCAACCAGAAGCGUGCCAAGUUCAAAGAGCUCUAUUUGUCUAAAGAAGAGGAGCUAAAGCGUCAGGCGGCAUCUCUGGAAAGCGCCCAGGCAGAGCUGAGCCACGUGCACACCCAGCUGGUUAACGCCAAGGCCGAGAUGGAGAACAUCAAAGCCGUGGCCACCGUCUCAGAGAGCACAAAACAGGAGGCCAUCGACCAGGUCAAGCAGCAGUGGCAGGAGGAGGUGGCAUCCUUACAGGCCAUCAUGAAAGACACGUUGCGGGAGUACGAGGUGCGGUUCCACCAGCGUUUAGAGCAGGACCGAGCGCAGUGGGGGCAGUAUCGCGAAGGGGUCGAGAGGGAGUUGGCCGAACUGCGGCGCCGUCUCUCCGAGGGACAGGUGGAGGAGAACCUGGAGAACGAUAUGAAGAAGGCGCAGGAGGAUGCAGAGAAACUUCGUUCUGUGGUGAUGCCAAUGGAGCAUGAAAUCGCUACCCUGAAGGCCAAGCUGACGAGUGCAGAAGAGAGGGUUAAAGAACUCGAGGCAGCUAAGGUGAAGGAGCUCAACCAUGUCCUCGAGGCUGAGAAGUCGUGUCGGACCGAUUUAGAGAUGUACGUCGCUGUCCUCAAUACCCAGAAAUCUGUCCUCCAGGAGGACGCAGAGAAGCUUCGGAAAGAACUCCAUGAAGUGUGUCACAUGUUGGAGCUGGAGCGUCAACAGCACAACCAGUUGAAGAACACUUGGCAGCGCGCCAACGACCAGUUCCUGGAGUCGCAGCGGCUGCUGAUGCGAGACAUGCAACGCAUAGAAAGCGUGCUGAGCUCUGAACAGCUGCGCCAGGUCGAGGAGAUGAAGAGGAGGGACCAGGAGGAGGACGAGAAGGAACGGCUCAGUCAGGCUCAAGAAGCUGGUGACGACGAUGGUGCAGACCACACCGAGGCCGCCGAGGACUCUUUCCUAGGCCUUUCAAUAGAGGAGUCCCACCUGAACCAUAGCAUCCACAGCUCGAUACACUCGCUGGACGAGGACAGGCCUGACUCUUGCGACCUCUGUAGAGACAGUCUCCGUCGAGUGCAGUCUACAGACAGCCUGGGCUCUUCCGGAAACACUCUGCAACCUCAAGGACUGAACCACAAAGCCAAAUCAGCCAGCAACCUGGACGAGCCGGACUUUGGCCCGCUGGUCGGCGCCGAGUACUCCCCCUUGGUGGCACCCUCCAUCGGCUCCCUGCCUUUCCUACUCACUAAGGACCAGGAGAAGGCAAUCAAGGCCAUGACACCAGAGCAGGAGGAGACGGCGUCGCUGCUCUCGAGCAUCUCACAGCGCCUUGACGCCACUUACCUGCCUCCAGCCGGAUACCGUUUGGUCAGCGACUCGGAGUGGAACCUGCUUCAGCAGGAGCUGAAGAACGCAGGGAGGAAGUUGGGCCGGCGUUGUGAUAUGUGCUCUAAUUACGAGAAGCAGCUUCAGGUCAUUCAGGGGCAGGAGGCGGAGACACGAGAUCAGGUGAAGAAACUGCAGGCAAUGCUUCGGCAAGCCAACGAACAACUAGAGAGGACGAUGAGCGAGAAGCAGGAGUUGGAAGACUCUGUGAAGCAGGGCCAAGAAGAAACCAACGCUAAGGUCUCAGCACUAAUGCAGAAAGUCCAGGAGUCGGAGUCGAUGCUGAGCGAACUCCAACAAGCCUUUAGCCAGGCCAAGAGGAACACCCAGGAGCAGAUGGCUGUGUUGCUGAAGUCUAGGGAACAGGUGGCUGAGGAGCUGAGCAGACUGCAGAGAGAAAACGACAGUCUACAGGGCAAACACAGACUUCACCUGACGCUACAGCAGGAUGAGAACUUCCAGAUGCCCGCAACCAUCCAGGAACUCCAGUCAUUAGUGCUGCAGUACCGCGAGGACAUCGUCUCGGUGCACACGGCGUCCGAGCACCUGGAAGAGAAACUGAAGGCCGAGAUCUUGUUCCUGAAGGAACAGAUCCAGGCAGAGCAGUGCCUCAAAGAGAACCUUGAGGACACACUACAGCUGGAGAUCGAGGGCUGCAAAGAGGAGAUUGCGUCUUUCUCCAGCCUGAAGACGGAGCUGGAACGAGUCAAGACUGAAAAAGAGCAGCUAGAGAGCAGCCUGGCGGAGAAGAGCCAAGCGUUAGAAAGUGUCCAGGGGCUGAAAAGCAGCUUGGAGGAACAGCUCAAAGAUGCCCUCAAUAGCAAGACAGCACUAGAGACUCAAGUGUUUGAGGAAAAGGACAAAGCACAAAGACUACAGACAGAGCUGGAUGUCAGCGAGCAGGUCCAGAGAGACUUUGUCAAGCUUUCACAGACUCUACAGGUCCAGUUAGAGAGAAUCCGGCAGGCAGACUCUUUAGAGCGAAUCCGUGCCAUCCUCAACGACACCAACCUGACAGACAUCAGCCAGCUUCCUGAGACAUGAUACUUUCUCUUCAUCCAGCAGCCUUCUUUCUUUCUCUUUCAACACACCCACACACACAACACACACACUUACUUCUCAGAUCUCCCAACACCUCAGUACUCCAGUACUCAGUCUUCUCCAGCUCUUGCUGAGGAGCAGGACACUGGCAAUGAGGUAGAAAUUUAUUUAUUUUUUUUUUAAACACUGAAAGAAACAAACCGAAACAAAGGGUCUGACACGUAAGAACACUACGACUAUUUUCUAAAGCUCUUAGAGCAUGUGACAAAAUGUGAAACGUCUGUCUUUUUCCCCAUUAUGCUUCACUCUGUUCCUGGUCUACUUUCUUCUUUUAUCUACACCAUCCGCUGAGCCUAAAGACGGGGACUUUUAUGAAGGAUCUGCUAGUAGUAUUUGUACAUAAGUGUGUAUACAAAAUAUAUGUAUAUUGCGUUUAGUUGAUUUGGCCGUUUUUUUUUUUGCGUCCGUGACUCAUUUCUACCCCGUGUUGUGUCAGUAUUUUUCAAACACUUAGCAGACAAAUCGAGGACCUCUCAGCCGACAGAUUUUUCAACAUCGAGGUCUAUCCGGUGGGUCCGAUGACAUUUAUUUAUUUUUUUUUAGUUUUUUUUUCCUGUUCUUCAUGUCUGACCCUGGAGAAUCUGUCUUGCGUUGAUUCACGACAAACUCAGAUGGAUCUGCAGAUGCAACUUUAAGCUCAAACGAGACGACACUAAAUCGUGUAGCCGCUGCUAUUGUCCAACAUCCAUCAACCCUGUAAAUCUCAGUGAGGUGAAUUCCGUGCUCAUCAACGCUAUAGGAAAACUUGUGGAACGUGCAGCACGGGAUGAAUUUAAAAAAACGACGACAAACGUUCUUCGGCUUCUUCUUAAACACCCGAGUUAAUCCGUGAUCACUUCAGGGAUGGACAAAUCAUCAGUUUAUUAUAGUCUAUUCUCACGAGGUAGCUCAAAAAAAGUCUAACAGGUUAAAGAAAGCUAGCCGACUCGACGUAAUAACGUACGCGCGAGAUAAAAAAAACAGUCGAUCAUCCAUGCACGCUAAAUAAAACGCUGAAUUUCAUAAAGGAUAGAUGAGGGGUAAACUUUGAAAAUAUACUUUUAAGUGAAUACAAAUUUUUUUUUCUUAAUUUCAUGAACUGACAGAGGAAAAAAAAUGUAAAUAAAACCGCUAAAAUCUUAAGACGCGUAAACAACACCGUCAUCGUCAGGCGCUUUGUCCACUCCAUGCACAUGGAUAAAUUUGUACGAAUUAUUCAAACUACUUUCAUACAUCGCUGCUGAUUUUCAACACGGUGUUGAAAUCACAGUUCCAGUCACUGACUUUUCUGUGAGGUGUAACGACAGUUUCCUGCCCGUUUCAGCGCAUCGCGUAUGACUUUUUUUUUUUUUUUUUAUUCCAUUCACACGAGAUCGUUCAGAGACAUCAGAGUUUACACAAAAAACGCUGUUGGUGAAACGUGGGCAGCACUUCCUGGUCUGAAGUGUUUUUUUUUUUUUUAAACUAAAGUCUCAUCUUUACCUUUUUUUUUAUUUGUCCCAAUUCUGUCCAUCUCGUGGUUUAUGUAAAAAUCAACACUCAACACACAGACUACAGUUGUGAUUUUUUUUUUUUUUUUGCUGCUGCUGCUUUCUCAUGUAAGUCUAUUUGACAGGAACACGACACCAAGACACAAUGAACUCUUUCGUCUACUUUCUAACUACCUUUUUUAAAAUAUUCAUGAAGCUCUAAACGAUACAACAACAUCGUGUGCGAAUUCAUUGGACUGAUCAGUUAAUUUUCCUCUAAUCCGGUAUGAUUUUAUGGUUCUACUUGCUUUGUGGAAAACCUGUAGUUUAUCGACGGCGUUAACGGGUGUCGUUCUGUUCGCAUGGAUGAUUUAUAUACUGUACUGUGUACAUAUCUCUGUACAUAUCUAAUAAACCAAACUGUACUUAAAGCACAA